AGAACCCGCAGGAGUCAGAGUGGACUUCAUCUCUCUCUCCAGAGCAGACUUGAGUGCUGAUCGAAAGCUGUCAAGAUGGACCCACGGAUUCCUCCCUGGUGUAUUGGAUUAUUUCUGGUGCUGAGGUUCUCGGCAGCUCAGCAGCUGGACGAUGGAGGCUCUCGGGACAAUCUGGAUCUGACCGAGUUCAUCGGCUUCCCUCUCCCGGAGUCGGUCUCCUUCGUGACGGGCUUCCAGGGCUACCCCGCCUAUAGCUUUGGACCCGACGCCAACGUUGCCCGUGUCACCAAGUCGGUCUUGCCGGACCCCUUCUACUACGACUUUGCCAUCACCGUCAUUGCCAAGCCCACCACACGGCAGGGCGGCGUCCUCUUUGCCGUCACAGAUGCGGCCCAAAAGGUGGUCCAAUUGGCCGUGGCGCUCUCUGACGUGGAGGAUGGUUCCCAGAGGGUGCUCUUCUACUACGCUGACCCCACCACCGGAGGCGAGAUCCGGGAAGCGGCCUCCUUCAAGAUGGCCGACCUGACGGGAAGGUGGGCCAGGUUCACCUUGACGGUCGAGGGGGCCGAGGUGAGUCUCUACAUGGACUGCGAGGAGUACCGUCACGUGGCCUUCCAUAGGAGCCCUCAGCCCCUGACCUUUGAGGCCAGCUCAGGGGUCUUUGUGGGCAGCGCGGGGGCCUCGGGCCUGCCCCACUUUGUGGGUUCCAUCCAGCAGCUGCUGCUCAAGUCUGAUCCCACGGCCCGCGACGACCACUGCGAGGAGGACGACCCUGACGUGUCUGGAAGCGGUGACGACACUUACGAGGACAUGGAGAGAAAAGAAGUCAAGAAAGUUUUCGAAGAGAAGAAGUACACAAAGGAAGGGGUGCAGCCCAGGUACAGUAGCCCGGUCCAAGCCCCACCCACCGAGUUGCCUCCCAGCUACGACGACGAUGAUGAAAUUGGAGACGACUUGGAAGAGGCUUCCGGGCAAGGAAUACAGACCAUCACCCCUGCGGCGACGGUGCGACUCGGCCUUUCACCAAAAGCAGCCUCCAAGUCCAAUCCCGUGUCUGCGGGACUGAAAGGCGAGAGAGGUGAGCCGGGCCCGCAAGGCCCCGCCGGCCCACCGGGACAAGACUCAGAACUUGCAGGCGAGCCCGGACCCCGCGGUCCGCCGGGACCUCAGGGCCCUCCUGGAACUGAAGGCAAAGACGGACCACAUGGAGCAAAAGGAGAAAAUGGCACUCCAGGAGCCAAUGGCCUUCCAGGAUUCCCGGGCCUUCGAGGAGAGCCUGGAUCCAAAGGCGAAAAGGGUGAUACUGGAGUCGGACAGCCAGGCCUUCCAGGACCUCCCGGACCUCCGGGCCGCUUCUCCUCCAAGUUGCUGGAGGGCUCGGCUUCGGACUUGGACGAAUCUGACGCCGAUAUGGAGAUCAUUCGAGGACCCCCCGGCCCUCCGGGACCCCGAGGCCCCCCCGGGGCCCCAUCUGAAGAAGUCAUACCUGGACCACCCGGGCUUCCUGGGAAAGACGGAGAAAAGGGCCAAGCUGGACUUCCUGGAGUUGAUGGACACAAAGGAGAACAAGGACCUGCUGGAGACAAGGGAGACAUGGGAGAACCUGGAGUAGAAGGCCAACCAGGACCAAAGGGAGAGCAGGGCCCUCAGGGCUUGCCCGGACUUCAGGGGCCCGAGGGUCCAGAGGGCAGGGUCGGGUCCCAGGGUCCAGCAGGUCCCCCCGGACCACCCGGCCCCGCCGCCAAAGCAUUUACCAUUGAGGAUCUGCAAGGUUCACCGUUGCUCAGCGGUCCUGCUUCGGAACUGUUUCGGGGUCUUCCGGGGACUCCUGGACUUCGAGGACCUAAGGGUGAAGAAGGCCCCCAUGGUCCUGCCGGAGAGCCAGGUCUUAAGGGGGAGCCCGGUGCUGUCGGUCCACCCGGCUCAGCAGGACCGGAGGGAGCCAAAGGUUCUGAGGGUCUUAAGGGAGACGCCGGCGCUCUGGGACCAAAGGGCGAGCCAGGACGCGAUGGCCUCACACUACCCGGCCCUCCUGGACCUCCGGGACCCGUCUUCAGCCUCAGCGAACUCCUACUCAACGACACGGACGGCCUCUUCAACCUCUCUGGGAUUUUCGAGGCUCACGGAUUGGUUCGACAACAAGGCCCCAAGGGAGACGCCGGUGCGCAAGGUGUUGAUGGAUUUCCAGGACUCAAGGGGGAGAAAGGCGAGCCAGCGAUGAUCAUAUCUGAGAAUGGCUCCACCUAUGACCUGUCUGCUCUAAAGGGGGACAAAGGAUACAAGGGUGAUGUCGGUGCAAGCGGACCUCCCGGACAAAUCGGACAGAUGGGAAUGCCAGGACCAAAAGGGGACUUUGGUUUCCCCGGAAGACCCGGCCGUGUUGGGAUGACGGGACCCAAAGGAGAGAAAGGAGAAUCUGUCGGCAAACCCGGACUCCCGGGCCCUCCCGGACGCCCCGGCCGCCCUGGAAUGUUCCGAUGCUACAACGGAAGCGUGUUUCCCGUCCCCGGCAGACCCUUCUGCAAAACACCGCUCAAUCCCGACGGGAGCGCUACGAUGGGUGACCAUGGGAAAGGACAAAAGGGAGAACGAGGCCUUCCCGGCAUUCCGGCGCCACCUAACACAUUCAAAGGACGCUUGGCAGUGAAAGGCGAGCCGGGCCUCGAUGGAGAAAGAGGAGAAAAGGGCGAGGCGGGGUUGCCCGGGAAACCGGGUGCUCCAGGGAAACAAGGGCCAGUGGGACCCAAAGGUGAGUCUGUGCUCGGACCACAAGGCCCCCGCGGGGAGCCGGGAACUCCGGGUUCCCCGGGCUACGGCAGACCCGGUCCGGCAGGGCCCCCCGGACCACCGGGGCAGACGGGAAGCUGGUCGCUGGGCUUUGGCAAAAAAGACGUGCGUAUCCCCGGACCACCAGGACCACCCGGGCCCCCUGGACCCGCCGGAUACCCCGGCGCACGUGGGCCCUUCGGAGGUUCUGCCGCGGUGACGACGUUUUCCUCGGUUGACUCCAUGAUGCAGAAGACGGCCAGGGAAGCAGAGGGCAUGCUGGCCUACGUCGUGUCCGCAGGGCGCCUCUUCCUCAAGGUGCCCGAGGGCUGGAAGGAGAUACAGCUUGGCAGCCUGCUGCGCCCCUCCAGUAGCAUCCUCCCACAAGACGAGCCUCGCGCUGCCCAGCAAAUAUCCAGCAGCACAAUCGAGCGAGUGCGCUCCAUCGACAACAGGCUCAACUUGGUGGCUCUGAACCAGCCGCACACGGGCGACAUGUCGGGCCUGGACACGGCCGACCGGUUGUGCUACGAGCAAGCCAAGGCCAUGGGCCUGCCCCCCAACUACCGCGCCUUCGUCUCCUCCAGCAAGCAGGACCUGGUCCACGUGGUCUCCCCCGGCUUCAGGGACACUCUGCCCAUCACCAACCUCAGGGGAGACGUGCUCUUCAGGAACUGGAGGGCCAUCUUCAACGGUGAAGGAGGAGCCUUUGAUACCAGGAUACCCAUUUAUUCUUUUGACGGACGCAACGUGUUAGCCGAUCCUUUCUGGCCCGAGAAGAACAUCUGGCACGGCUCUAGCCAACGAGGUCUGCGUGCGGUGGACAAGCACUGCGAGACGUGGCGCACCGACCACAUGUCGGUGGCGGGCCAGUCGUCCGGCCUGACCUCGGGCCUGCUGCUGGGCCAGCAGACGCGCAGCUGCUCCAACGACUACGUGGUCCUCUGCGUGGAGACCCACAAGAACCCCUGAGAGGAAUCGGAAUCCCCCCUCGUCCGUUUGGCACAUAAAAUACGAAGCAUUGAUGGGGCCACUUUUUCCUUUUUUUUUUUUCUUUCCCAACUCUGGCUAGAGUUUAGGUUGCUGCAACUCUUGCCCACCCGAGAGACUUUUUUUUUUUAAUGCUCCCCAAAUAACCAGCCAUUGUCCAAUCCAAGGGAAGUAAACGACAGCUCUUAGGGGCUGUUUGGUUUUGUUUACACGUUGAUACAUUUGAUGCACUGUACUUCAUUUCUUUGCUUGAGCUUUCAUUUGUGGUGUUGGCUCAGCACCGGGCUAUUUAAUUUAAAUCCAUUAUUUAUAUGUCAUAGCACAUAAACAUGAAAUCAGAAAAUGAAAUCGAAGAAUGUAAUUUAUCAUUUGUUGUUUGUUGUGUUUUUAUACUUUUGUUUUCUUGCUAAUGGAGAAGAGUUGGGAUGCUUAUUUGAAAGGGUUGCAAGACUUCCAUAUGUCUUGCGACAUAUUUUCAUGCCGAAAGAAAAAAGUAGAAAAGAAAUUCAGGUGUUGGUUGGUGCUUUGAUAAAAAGAAUAAAGUUUUCUCCUUUCAAAA